AUCUCAAUACAGCACGUCCGAGUAGGGACCGACAGUUAAAACUGCUGUCCUGACUCCGCACACCCGCGUCAGUGGUGUUUAAACUGCAAUGAGAUUAUCUGUUUGGACCCGAGGAAGCUUGCGUUCACAACUCGACUCAUUGAUUAGGUGAUGGAUUGUGAAAGUUAGCGAAACGCACGAACUCUUUAGGUGAACUUUCGGAAUGAUCCGCACGGGAGAAGUUGUGGCGAGUGGCAAUGCUCACUGGUCUCUCUUAGCUACAAUGUCAGUUUAACUUUUAGAUGGAUUAUUAUAAUCACGUUCCGGAAAAUCGGUGUCUUGUGUUCCAUUGCCCGACAAAGUUUCUCCUGAAGAAAUCGUUCACUCGACUUGCGCCGCAGUGAGAGGAUCCACUGGACGGUCUAAACUGAGAGACCUAAGGUCACGCCAAUCUUAAUACCGUCACAAAGUCCCAGUCCUGGUCUCUCAUCCUCCUGUCCCACCAUCACCAUGGAGACCAACACAGCCUCAGAGAAAGAGAAGAGGGAGUGUAAGCCCUCCAUCUUGGACGGACACAGCUUCAGCGACCUGCCCAAGAAGCCCUCACCUACAGUGACCCGAGCCCCCCAGCACAUGUUCCCGACGUUCCACACUCCCAUUCCGAUCGACAUGCGUCACCACGAGGGCCGCUACCACUACGAGCCCCACGCCCUCCAUGCCAUGCACGGUGGCCCCGGUCUGGCUGGCAGUCCCGUCCUCUCGGACAUCUCCCUGAUCCGCCUGUCUCCCAGCGGGGUGGAGCCUGCCUUUGCGCCCCCGCACCCCUACGUGAGCCCCCACAUGGAGCACUACCUGCGCUCCGUGCACAGCAGCCCCACCCUCUCCAUGAUCUCCGCCGCACGCGGACUCAGCCCCGCAGAGGUGGCCCACGAACACUUGAAGGAGCGCGGGCUCUUCGGCCUGCCCCCCCCUCCGGGGGCAAACCCGGCCGAGUACUACCACCUGAUGGCCAGCCACCGGAACCCCUACGGGGAGCUCCUGAUGCAGAGCGCGGGGUCAGCCGCCGCCCACCUGCCCGACUACAUCAGCCCUGUGGACGUGUCUCGGUUCUCCAGCCCUCGCCUGACCCCUCGUCUGAGCCGCAAGAGAGCCCUGUCCAUCUCGCCCCUCUCGGACGCCAGCAUCGACCUGCAGACCAUGAUCCGCACCUCGCCCAACUCCCUGGUGGCAUACAUCAACAACUCCCGCUCCAGCUCCGCCGCCAGCAGCUCCUACGGGCACCUCUCUGUCGGGGGCAUCAGUCCAUCCUUCGCCUUCCCCCACCACAUCAACCCCAUGGCGUACCAGCAGCUCCUGUCCCAGCAGAGGGGCCUGGGCACGUUCGGGCACAACCCGCCUCUCAUCCAGCCCCCGCCCACCUUCUCCGCCCGUCAGCACCACGCCCUGGGCAUCUCCGCCCUGCAAACCUCUGCCCUCCACAGCGACUCGGAGGCCAAGAACAUGAGUGGCGACUCGGCCGUCAGCAGUACCGUAAACCCCCUGAUCACCAAAAGGUCAAAGGUGAAGUCGGAGGUGGAGUGUCCUCGGCCCUUGUCCCCCUGCUCGCCGGACCAUCUGGGUGGGAUGCUGGACCUGAAGGAGGACCUGGACAAGGAUGAAUGCAAGCAGGAGCCGGAGGUGGUGUACGAGACCAACUGCCACUGGGAGGGCUGCUCCAAGGAGUACGACACCCAGGAACAGCUGGUCCAUCACAUCAAUAACGAGCACAUCCACGGGGAGAAGAAGGAGUUUGUGUGUCGCUGGGAGGAGUGUUCCCGGGAGCAGAAGCCCUUUAAGGCCCAGUACAUGCUGGUGGUGCACAUGAGGAGACACACAGGGGAGAAACCACACAGGUGCACUUUUGAGGGUUGCCCUAAAGCCUACUCCCGCCUGGAGAACCUGAAGACCCACCUGCGCUCCCACACCGGGGAGAAGCCCUACGUGUGUGAGCACGAGGGCUGCAACAAGGCCUUCUCCAACGCCUCGGACCGAGCCAAACACCAGAACCGCACACACUCCAACGAGAAACCGUACGUGUGUAAGAUCCCCGGCUGCACCAAGCGCUACACGGACCCCAGCUCUCUCAGGAAGCACGUGAAGACCGUCCACGGCCCCGAGGCCCACGUGACCAAGAAGCAACGCAACGACGUGCCCCGUCCACCGCCGCACCACGAGAACGGCGAGAACGAGGCUAGCUCCAAACAGACGGGGGGACGCGGCGGAGGAGACACAGAGGGAGGCAACGGCACCCCCAGAGGCAUGGAUGACUACCUGCAGGUCAAGUCUAUUAAGACGGAGAACUCUGUGAUGUAUCAGUCCAGCCCUGGCGGUCAGUCAUCAUGCAGCAGUGAGCCGUCGCCACUUGGCAGUGCCACCAACCAUGACAGUGGAGUAGAGAUGGUACUGCACAGCGGGGGCAGUGCGGGCGACCUGAGCGCCCUCGACGAGCCCUCGCCCGACGUGGACUCCUCCCCCGCCUCCGCUGGCACCCUGUCGGUCGGCCUCCACCUCCGCAAGUACACCUGCGCCACACUCAAACUGGAACACCUCAAGAAGGAGAAGCUGAAGACGGUGAGGGACUCCUGCCCCUGGGCCGGCAUGUCACCCCAGGCCCGCAACGCCAAGCUGCCGCCCCUGUCAACCAGCGGAUCCAUCAUGGAAAGUUCCGGCAGCAGUGUCCCCCCCGGACAGAUCAUGGGCCCCCGACUUAGCGACCUUUGCCCCGGUGAGGUGACCGUCCUGAGCCGUCUGAACGAGCGGCGCGACAGCACCAGCAGCACCAUCAGCUCGGCGUUCAACCUGAGCCGCCGCUCGUCUGGCUUCUCCCAGUGCUACUCGAGUCGCCGGUCCAGCGGAGCGUCGCAGUUCGGCAGCAGCAGCGCCGGCGGCGGGCGCCUCAACAACCUCAGCUCGGCCGACUCCUACGACCCCAUCUCCGCUGACCUGUCGCGCCGUUCCAGCGAGUCCAGCCAGGGGGCGCCAGUGUUCCUCAGCCUCACCCCCGCCCAGCACUACCGCCUCAAGGCCAAGUACGCCGCCGCCACGGGGGGCGCCCCGCCGACCCCGCUGCCCAACAUGGAGCGCAUGAGCCUCAAGAACCGCGUGGCGCUGAUGGGGGACCCCGGCGAGUCAUCCGUGAGGGGGUACCCCUUCGGCCACGCGCCCUCGGUGCCCAGGCGCUGCAGCGAUAGCGGCUACGCUAACGCGAGCAUGAUGCCGCACGAGGCGCCGGAACGGCUACCAAGAAGGGCCAGUGACCCCGUGAGACGGGCAGGGCUGGAGCCUCUGGCGCCGCCCCCUCAGCGCUUCAACAGCUUGAGUCACAUGGCCCCCCAGCAGCCAAUGGGGGUAGCCGAGCGCCAUCAACUGAACUUGCAGGGGUACAUGCAUUCAGAUGGUAACGGUAACCUCGGUAACGGUAACCAAUGCACGCCCUACGCUCCCCGCCCCCCCAGCAUCACUGAGAACGUUGCCAUGGAGACCCUGGCCUGCAACCAAAACGGCGGCGAGGAUGAGCUGAUGCUGCCGGAUGACGUGGUGCAGUACAUCACAUCCCAGCCGACCCAGAACACCCCGAUGACCGGUUUCGCCCAUCAGACGCAGGAUUUCCACGGAAACCAACUCCCCCAGAAGCAGCCACCUCAGCAACAGCAGCAGCAACAGCAGCAGCAACAGCAGCCAUGUUUCUACCAGAGAAGAAUGGCCAUGGUGGAUGCCAACAUGAACAUAAGCCCUGCCAGACAGGCCCCGCUCUCUCACACGACCCCACAUGGCACACAGGGGCAGCAGGGGCAUCCGCCGUCGCCGGGCUCGGGCAGAACCAGCCUGCCGGUGCAGUGGAACGAGGUCAGCUCCGGCUCCGGAUCGGCAGACGCUUCUCCCGGCCAACCCAAACAGAGCUUCGCCAGGGAGCGGGAGAACCUGGCCGCCGUCCAGCAAAAACACAACCUGGGCCUCUGCCAGAACCUGAGCCCAAACCAGCAGGUCCGACCAAUGAGCCAGAACCUGCCCCACCACCACCACCACCACCAAGGCUUCAGCACACAGAGGGGCGGCGUUGAGUUCGGGUCCCAGAGGGGGAACUGCAUCCAGGCACAGAGGCAGCAGCAGCAGCAGCAGCAGCCGGCGGACAACCACAACGAACAGGUUCGGCUCCAGCACGACUACAGGGCCCUGGUCUCGGGCGACGUGAACGGCAACGCCACACAGUACCCGCCCUACGGACCUCUGGCAGGAAGUACGGCAGGUUUAGUGGGCACGGGCAGCGCGAGGCUGAGUCAGCAGCCCUCAGACGUGCAGAAUAACAGGUUAAGGACUCAGCCUGUGGCGAGGCAGGGCUGUGUCACUUUUGAAACUAAUCAGGAAAAUUAUUCCCAGAUGAACCUCAACCAAAAGAAUUACGGCACGCCAGCCCAGCUUCCUCUGCUGCACGGAAAUCAGGGGGUUGUGCAGCCAAGGCCGCCCACAGAACCCAAAACCUCCAGCCAGCGACUUUCAGGGCCAAACACAACGCAGCAACCUGGCUUCCCACAGUCGGCCUUCAGUCCCGGUUACAGCUCCUCCGAAGCCAGCCCCAAAAAGCCCAGCGCGACGACCCACGGCGUGACGGACGGCGACAACAACAACGCCCUGUUCUACACUGGGCAGAUCCACGUGUUUGAGUCGGACAACCUGAACCUGCAAAUGACUUCCUGCACGAGGGACAACGCCGUCGACUCACUGGUCGUUACCAUGGCUUCUCCGGGGACCAAUCAGGUGUCGAGUACGGUGGACUCCACCCACGAAGCGGAGCAGCCUCAGAUUGACUUCGACACGCUGCUCGACGACGGCGACAACGCCAGCCUCAUGUCUGGCACCAUUAGCCCCAGUAUCCUCCGGAGCGUAUCCCAGAGUUCCUCUCGCCUCACCACGCCCCGCAACUCCGUCACGCUGCCCUCGGUCCCGGCGGGAGUCGGCAACAUGGCCAUCGGAGACAUGAGCUCCAUGCUGUCGGCCCUGGCCGAGGAGAGCAAAUUCCUCAACAUGAUGUCUUAACAGCCUCACAUAAUCACACAAGCACACACACACACACACACAAGCAGGAGGAGGUGGAAUGACAAACAUGUGGCCGCCUGCCACCUAUUACUUCUGAACUAUGACCUCUGUGCACUGACUGUCGUUUGA